AUGAUCGGUAAUUUCACCAAUCCUUGGGAACACGUGAAUGAGAACACAUGGCAAAAUAACAUCCAUGUGGCCAUCCUGGUCACCAACUGUACAGUGCUGCUCGUAACGUUUUUCGUGGGAAUCGCGGCCAACCUUUUCGUCACGUAUGCUGUGUACCAUCAGAAAUCCCUCCAGACCUCCACCAAUGCGCUCUUGGUUAAUCUCGCAGUCAUCGACCUGCUGCGAUGUGCUACCGACUGUCCGUUGCUCCUGGUUGUUGUCUUGAACGAAAACAACACCAGGGACCUUGGGGACCUUCUCUGUGAUGGUCAGGUGAUGUCAUUUUCCCUCAGCUGCUGUGUCCAGUUGUUCACUCUGGCAAGCAUUAGCGCUGAAAGACACCAGGCCAUUGCUAAUCCAUUUAAGACUGCUGAGCGGCGAAAACGGGUUAAGGUGUGGAUCCCGCUCACUUGGACUGUGGCCAUUGUGGUGUCGGCUCUGUGCGUCAUCUUUACAAAAGAUUCCUCUGUCUACGUGCGAUGUAGAGCUUUGCAUUGGGACGCGUUAAAGACAUAUGGCUCUUUCGGACGUUACGUCUUGUUGCCCGUCUGGUCCGUGUGCUUGGCUCUUAUCGUUGGCUUCUAUUCCCACAUAUUCAUCCUGGUCAAAGCACACAACAGAAAGAUUUUUGACAAAGGCACUUCUGCCCCGACUUACAAAAAAGUGCCUGAAGACAAGAAAAAAGUGCAGGAAGUUGUGGAAACCAAGGUUGCCUUUGUGAAUGAACCGGUGGCGGCGAAAGAAAUUCAUGAAUUCACUCAAUUCAUGAAAGAGGGAAAUGAUCCAGCACAUGGCACAAAGUCAUGUAAUGGUGACCCGCAGGACCAAAAGACCUUACCAGCUGUUGCUGAAAGUCAGCCUCUUUCUAGGGACACCAAAAAACUAGAUGUCAAAACAGAAGAGACUCUUGAACAUCCCAACCAGCAAAGUGUGAUACUUGUUUCUGAACUGCACCACAACACAGCGGAACUGAUAGAUCUGGAGAACGAUGGUGAGAAUCCAGGUGAUCUUCCUAAAGAUGCUGAGAACCCAAGUUCUGAGCAAGUUCCUCCAGCUGCAACCAACCAACAAACUGUUUCUGACCCACACAACCCUGCGACUGAACCGACAGAUCCAAAGAAUGGUGAGGAGAACCCAGGUGAUCCUCCAGAAGAUGACAAGAACCCAAACUCAGAGCAGCAGGCUACUCCAGUAGCAGAUGGUGCUCAGGCUGCUUCAGCAGGCCAAACAAUGGAGGUGAUGGGAGAAGUGUGCAUGAUGCCAUCCUUCGCCAAUAAGGAAAGAGGCAGCAAGAAGAAAGAGAGCAAGCUGGCCAAGCGCUCCGGCUACAUAAUUCUUACUUUCCUAGUCUUCUGGAUGCCGUUGAUUGGCACAGUGGUCCUGAACACCUUUCUGAACCGAAAACAGAUUUGGGAAUUGAUCGAGGAGUUUGAAGUUCUUGUAGUCUCCAUUUCCUGCAUGACAUCCCUCACCAACCCGAUCAUUUACGCAGUGGUGAACCCUCAGUUCCGUACUGAAUUCUACAGCCUGAAGGCGAGAUGUAAAGCACUGUGCACAAAAUCGUAA